UCCUGAUUUCAACGGGAAUCAAACUAGGUUUUAGGACGGAUUCUCUUCCGAUUGGGGUUUCCGGUUCCGACGAUGGCAAUUCCACAUCCUUACGAUCCAGUAUAUUACAGCAUUCCGUCCAUUCCUCCACUGGAGUAUGCCGGUUAUGAAGACCCCAACGCCAUUAAUACACUCUUCGUUUCGGGUCUACCUGACGACAUCAAGGCACGUGAGAUCCACAAUCUCUUCCGCCGUCGACCUGGGUUUGAUUAUUGCCAACUCAAGUACACGGGCCGCGGCAAUCAGGUUGUUGCAUUCGCAACUUUUCUAAACCAUCCAUCAGCAAUGGCGGCUCUUCGUGAUCUGAAUGGUGUUAAGUUCGACCCUCAAACUGGUUCUACUCUGCAUAUUGAACUUGCAAGAUCAAACUCCAGAAGAAAGCGGAAACCAGGCCCUGAAGCUUAUGUUGUUAUUGAUAAGAGAUCCAUUGCUACUAAGGAUGAUCAAGAUUCUAGUGACGAUGGAGAUAGUGAAACUGAAGAACCAUCUGAAACCGACAAGGAUAAUGCAGCAAGGAGUGAUGAGGAGACGACUGGGGAUCCUGACAAUACUGUAGGUGCAGAAAAUGAACAGGCAGAAAAUACAGUGGAUGGAGCGUGUUCGACUUUGUUUAUUGCAAAUUUAGGCCCCAAUUGCACGGAAGAUGAGCUAAAACCUGUUCUUUCCCAGUACCCUGGAUUUAACACACUAAAGGUGCGUAACAGAGGUGGAAUGCCUGUUGCCUUUGCAGAUUAUGAGGAGGUGGAGCAAGCUACUGAUGUGAUGAAUGCCCUUCAGGGAAGCACACUACAAUCAUCUGACCGUGGAGGCAUGCAUAUAGAGUAUGCAAGAUCAAAAAUGAGAAAACGGUGAAAGGUGAAACCCUGAUCCUGAUCUUUAAGUGAAUUGGAUUCUUGUGGUUGUAGGAGUUGAGGAGAAAUGGUAGGUUGGCUGUAUGUGUAUUUAGUGUAUGUAUAUGCUUGCAAUCACCCAGGGUCUCUAACUGUUAACAUAAUAUAAAUAAUAUUUUGUUUUGAGAAAA